UCCUCCCAGAUCGAUCGGGUGCCACGAGACACAGGUCUUCAGCGGGCCGAGACUGCAGCCCUCACUCUGCUGUCCAGCCCGAGAUCAUCCAACCGAGACCCGACUGUCUCGGACGGCAGCAUCCAGGGCCAGCCCAAGAUCGCCCAAGGCCCUCCCAAUAGAGCCCAAGCUCCCCAAUGGGCGGCAAACACAAAAACAAAUCCCGGCAUCACGACGAACAAGAGCCGCCCGCAGGCCGCUCACGAUGGCUCAAAGAUCAAGCCCAGCCCACAGCAUCCAGCCAUGGCAAAAAGAAGACCCCAGCGCCUAGCCGACAGGGGCAAGGGCCAUCCUCGCCCGGGAACCGCAUCACCGUUGAUCUUCUCGAAGCCCAAGACCGCGAGCGGCUGACCCGGUGGCUCGCUGAAGGCAAUGUCGCCAUGGCAAAGUCGCUCGAUCGCAAUCUAUGCUACCACGAAGCCGUACAGAAUCCAAGGGAGGAAGUCGAGAAUCUGCUCAGCUUCUACGCCAAGAUGAAAAAGUGGGCCAAGCUUUCUCCCUCCACCGAUGCCAACUCCGAUCCCGAUUCCAAUUCCGAUUCCGAAAACAGUGAUGGCGGUGCCGAUGGAUUUGACGACCUCGGCGUUGGCAUUCCAACGUCGCUGCGCGAGGACUUUUGUGGCACGGCGAUCCUGUGCAAAGAAUGGUGCCGAGGGUCGGUCUCGAGGCUGGCCUUCGGUGUCGAUCUGGAUCCGGCCGUGAUCGAGUAUGCUCGAUCGGUGGUGCUAUCGGAGGGACCCGAGUCCAGCCGAGUCAGGGUCGUCGUCGGAGACGUAUGUACCGAACGACAAACCCUCAAGCUACCUCGGGUCGAUAUCAUCGCGGGGCUGAACUACGGAGUCAACUAUUUCCACAAGCGCACCCAGCUGAUGAAAUACCUGACCUCCAGCCACGAGGCGCUCAAGCGCGGCGGAAUUCUCGUCGUCGAUCUCUUUGGUGGCAGUAGAAUGACCAGCGUUGGCGGCCGGCUAUUCAAGAGACGAUUCCGCAACUUUACAUACUACUUUGAGCAGGAGCCAUACGACAUCAUGACCAACAUUGCCCAGCUCCAUUUGCACUUUCGCUUUCCCGACGGCUCCUGGAUGAAGCGGGCUUACUCGUACACCUUCAGGGCCUACACCAUUCCUGAGAUCAGGGAUGCCAUGGAGGAGGCAGGUUUCUCAUCAACCCACGUCUGGAUCGCCAAGGGUGCCGAGCAACGCGAAGUCGAGAGCGCUGAAGACGAGAUGGAAGAUGAGGUUGAGAGGGAGGACAGCGACGCCGAUGACCAGGAUAGCUCGGAUCUUAGCAACACCGGAGACGGCCUCUACGAGUAUCGCCAGGUGGCAGGUCAAUUGCAACAAAUGGAAUCAUGGAACGCAUACAUCAUCGGUGUCAAAUAACGUGGGCAGAAGCUCCACGGACACAUCAAUGUGCUAUUGCGAUGUAUCGUGGGAUGAGAAUCCCGCGAGUCCGCGCCACGAGAAAUGCCCAGAGUCAAUGGAGAGCGUUGAUCGAACGGAUAUAUAGCAUACUGAACUUGAAUUUCCAUCGGUGAUGGUGAUCAUCUUGGGGCUACAAGUGGGCUUUGGCGGCAACAACGAGCAUCUGCCGUCGGAUACGCGCUGUGAGAUGGAU